CCGACGUCUCAGUCCCAUUUUCCGUCCCACGGAGAGUGGUUGUGUCCCAGGGGCACGGCGCUUGGAGGCGUUCAGCUUGGGAUUUCCUAGCUGACGUGGCUUAUGUCGGGCAGGGGGCGGCCGGAGUAGCCCGUGGCGGCCACCUGCAGCAGCACCCGAGGAGGUCAGAAGGGAGCAUCAGAUCCUCUAGGAUUGGAGUUGCAGACAGUUGUUGGCGGCUGUGUGGGUGCUGAGCAGCGAACCCUGGGACCUGGAAAAGCAGCUGGUGCUCUUAACCUCUGAGCCGUACCGCGUUCCCAUUAGAUGCUGAGUCGAUUAACAGGAUUGGCGAAUAUUGUUAUUCAUGAAUUAUCAGGAAAUAGUGCUGACCAGAGCAUGACAGCUCGUUUAGAAGCUGAAUCUGAUAUGGAGUUAAAUAAUAGCAUAUCAGAGGAUGUUCUGGAACGCCUAUCUGAUGCGGAGAAGCUAGUGGUGGAGUUAAAAGAGAUCAUUCGGCAGAAAGACCUUCAACUCCUGCAGAAAGAUGAAGCUCUGCAGGAGGAACGAAAAGCUGCCGAUACCAAAAUGAAAAAAAUAAAACUGCUCUCGAAAGCGAAGAUCACGUCUUUGAAUAAACAUAUAGAAGAACUGAAAGCUCAAGGAGAGGCUGCUUCGCCUACGGAUCCCCAGGCAGUGGAGCGGCUCUCCGAGCAUGAUGCGAAUUCUACAGAUGAAGAAACGAAAGGAGAAGAGAUCAAACGUGAUCUCCAGGAGAAGGAGAAAUUAAUUAGUGAUUUGCAAGCCCAGCUUCACCAGGCACGGGCAGAACAAGCCUUGCAGCUGGAAAAGAGUUCUGCAGAGAUGGAGGAGUUUGUCCUGAUGAAGCAGCAACUCCAAGAAAAGGAAGAACUUAUUAAGACUUUGCAAACUCAGCUCAGCCAGACCCAGGCAGAGCAGGCUGCACAGUUGAGUUCCAUGCAGCAGGUGGUCCGAGAGAAAGACGCCCGCUUUGAAACACAGGUUCGUCUGCACGAAGAUGAGCUGCUUCAGUUAGUAACCCAGGCAGAUGUGGAGACAGAGAUGCAGCAGAAACUGAAGGUAAUGCAGAGGAAACUUGAGGAAAAUGAGGAAGCCUUGUUGGGCCGAGCUCAGGUUGUGGAUUUGCUGCAACAGGAGCUGACUUCAGCCGAACAGAGAAACCAGAAUCUUUCCCAGCAGUUACAGCAGCUGGAAGCUGAAAAUAGUACUUUAAAGAACACCAUGGAAACAGAGAGACAGGAGUCCAAGAUUCUGAUGGAAAAGGUCGAACUUGAAGUAGCAGAGAGAAAAUUAUCCUUCCAUAACCUGCAGGAAGAGAUGCAUCACCUUCAGGGACAGUUGGAGCAAGCUGGCCAAGCCCAGGCUGACCUGGAGACUCAGUAUAGUGCUCUCGAACAAAAGCAUAAAGCAGAAAUGGAAGAGAAGAAUGCUUAUAUCUCAAGUAUUCAGAAGACUGAGCAAGAGCUGCAGUCGGCCUGUGCUGCCCUGAAGGAGGAAAACUCGAUUCUGCUCCGAGAGAAGGAUGAACAGGCCACCGAAUCAUCCCGGGCCAUCCAGCAGGUGCAGUCUGCCUGUGAUGCCCUGAAGGAGGAAAACUCGGAGCUGCUCCGAGAGAAGGAUGAACAGGCUGUCGAGUCAGCCCAUGCCAUCCAGCAGCUGGAAGAUCAACUCCAGCAAAAAUCUAAAGAAAUUAGCCAAUUUGUAAAUAAACCAAACUUGCAAAAACAUGAAACAGCAUCUCAGACUUCUUUACCAGAUGCUUAUAAUGAGGGCAUACAGGCAGUCACGGAGGAGAAGAUUGCCUCUUUGCAGAAGAGAGUGGUGGAGCUAGAGAAUGAAAAGGGAGCCUUGCUCCAUGGCUCUGUGGAGCUGGAGGAGCUGAAAGCCAAGAAUGAAAAAUUGUCUUCUCGAAUUACUUUUCUGGAGGCUCAGAAUAGAGCAGGGGAGGCUGACGGUGCAGUCUGUGAGGUCAACACAGCUGGUGUUACCGUGGUCAGCAAGAGCAAUUCUUCUACCGAAGAAAGUGGACAAGAUGUCCUAGAGAACACAUUAUCUCAGAAACAUAAGGAACUAGCAGUUUUACUAGUGGAAAUGAAGGAAGCUCAUGACGAAAUCGCGUUUCUGAAGUCACAGCUGCAGGGCAAGAGGCCCGAUGGGGACCCUGAGGUCCUUGACCAGACGGAGGUGAAGCUGAUAGGGCGUGAAGGAGCACCUUCUGUGACAGCGGGAGACAUCCCCCUUGUGCCCAAUGAAGAGAGCGGCAUCCCAGGGGCUGCAAAAGAGGAACCGGCAAGCACCGAAGAUCAGCAUCCAACAUCUGAGGCAGGGUCUGCAAAUGACGCCGCAGUGGGAUUGAACUCCACAAAGCUGCAUGGUGUGGACAAAUCCCCCUCUCUCUCAGAUGCCUGUCAGUGUCACCAGGAUGAACUGGAAAGUCUCAAGUCAAAAAUUAUGGAGCUUGAGACAAGCCUUCAUAAGGCAGAAGAGAUGUCUAAGAUAAAUUUAGAUGAGAAAGCUAGGGAAAUUAGCAGCCUAACCCAGCUUGUGGAACAACUCAGGAAGAGCGCAGAGGAUGCCCACAGCGCGCUCACCACCGUGUCCGAGGAAAGAGACCAGCUUCUUUCUCGGGUGGAUGAGCUUAGUGUCUUAGCCGAGCUGAGGGCUCAGGUCCGAGAAUUGGAGGGCAGUCUGGCAACAGCAGAAAAGCAAAGAGCCCUGGACUACGAAAGCCAGAAGACUCAGCACAACCUGCUCACGGAACAGAUCCACAGCCUGACUAUAGAAGCCAAAUCAAAAAAUGUGAAAAUGGAAGCUCUCCAGAGGGAGCUGGAUGAUGUGCAGCUGCAGUGUUCUGAGCAGGCCACCCAGAUCAAGAGCCUGCAGAGCCAGCUGCAGACGAAGGAGACUGAGGUGCUCGAGGGGGCAGAGCACAUGAAGGCCAUCUCAAAGAAGAUGGAAGGGCUUUCACAGGCUCUUUCACAGAAGGAGCUAGAAAUAGCCAAAAUGGAGAGAGACAUGGAGACACUCCAGCAAACCAUCCAGGAGAAGGAACAGCAAGUGACAGACCUCAGCUACAGCAUGACAGAGAAAAUGGUCCAGCUUAAUGAAGAGAAGUUUUCUCUUGGGGUUGAAAUUAAGACCCUGAAGGAGCAGCUCAAUUCGUUGUCCAGAGCUGAGGAAGCAAAGAAGGGGCAGGCCCAAGAAAAUCAUGGCGUUGUUUCUAGUCCUGGUCAGGCCGUGUCAGGCCCGGCGGGGCUGAGUAAGGAGGAGCUUCAGCGGGAGCUGGAGCUCCUGAAGAAGGAGAGCGAUCAGAGGAAGCGGAAGCUCCAUGCUGCACUUCUUCACCGAAAGGAACUCCUCCAGAAAGUCAGCACGCUGGAGGAGGCGUUAGCCCAGGCGAGGGAGGAAUCGAGCAAAGAGGUGGCACGCGGGGUCGGUGAGAGGACGAAGCUGGAGGAAGACCGAGAGAACAAAGACGGACCGGAAAAAUGUGGAGCUUCUAAGUGUCGAGAACUAGAGGCUUCUUUAAAAGAGACGAUAGCCGAGAAAGAAGUCGAACUGGAGCGUGUCAGGAGAGAUUUGGAAGACAAGACGGCAGCGGGAGAACAACUGCAGGCUGUGGUCCAACAGAUGAGUCAGAACUUGCAAGAUCAGUCAAAGCAGAUAGAUUUGCUUCAAGCCGAGAUUGUUACAAAUGAAGCAACUAUCCAGAAACUGACCCCGGGAGCCCCGGAUGCUGGGGAUGGAGACUCGGCGGCACCUCUAAAAGAACCGGUGGUGAGCGGCCCGCCCAGUGCAGGCGAUGGAAAACACUGGAAGCCGGAACUAGAGGGGAAGAUAGCAGACCUUGAAAAAGAAAAGGAACAACUUGAAAAGAGGCUAUACAAAGCCUUAAGUUCCUAUAAGGCAAUUCUAAAAAAGGCACAAGAGAGAGAGAGACAUUUGAAGGACGAGCUCGGGAAACAGGAGGAUGCUAACAAUCACCUUCAGGAGCAGCUUACUGAGCAGAGUAAGGAAAAUGAGAACAUUGGGGGCCAGCUAAGGCAGCUUCAGACUAAAACAUCAGAAGAAGUACUCCUGUUACAAAAGGAGAUAAAUAAACAGGGCUUAGAAAUCCAGAAUUGGAAAGCAACAUCCCAUGAAGCCGAGGCCCACGCAGAAAGCCUACAGGAGGAACUGGAAAGGAGCCAAGUACAACUUGCUGGCCUGGAACAUCUGAAAACAUUACAGCCCAAACUAGAUGACCUGCAAGAGCACGUGCGCCAGAAGCAAGAAGAGGUCAGCUACCUUUCCGGACAGCUUGGUGAGAAGGAACAGACCCUCAGCAAAGUCCAGGCCGAGAUGGUGGAGCAGGAGCAUUUAAUCAAGGCUCUGCACACACAGCUGGAGAUGCAAGCCAAGGAGCACGAGGAGAGGCUGAAACAGUUCCAGGUGGAGCUGUGUGAGCUGAAGCAGAAGUCGGAGGAGGCUGGCGAAGAGGCCAAAGUAAAGCAACAGAUACAGAGGAAACUGCAGGCAGCCCUCAUCUCCCGCAAGGAGGCUCUGAAGGAAAACAAGAGUCUGCAAGAGGAACUGUCUUCAGCCAGAGCUGCCGUGGACCACCUGACCAAGUCUCUGGCGGAUGUGGAAAGCCAGGUUUCUGUUCAAAAAAAAGAGAAAGAGGCGUUCCUAGGAAAGUUAGCCCUCCUUCAGGAAGAAAGAGACAAGCUCAUUGUAGAGAUGGACAAGUCUUUGCUCGAAAAUCAGAACCUCGGCGGCUCCUGUGAAAGCCUGAAACGAGCUCUGGAGGGCCUUACCGAAGACAGGGAAAAGCUGGUGAGGGACCUGGAGAGCCUGAGAUGUUUGAAGAUGGCAGAGAGCACCGAGUGGCACGAGAAGCACCAGGAGCUGCAGAAGGAGUAUGAAGUUCUCCUGCAGUCCUACGAGAAUGUGAGCAACGAGGCCGAGAGGAUGCAGCACGUCGUCGAAGGCGUGAGGAAGGAGAAGCAAGAACUGUAUGGAAAGCUGAGAGGCAUGGAGGCAGGCAAGAGAGAGGCAGAGAAGCGGCUGCAAGACGCCGAACAAGAGAUGGAAGAGAUGAGAGAAAAGAUGAGAAAGUUCGCUAGGUCUAAACAACAGAAGAUCCUGGAGCUGGAGGAAGAAAACGAGCGGCUCAGAGCCGAGGCCCAGCCAGUAGAGGGCGCCAGAGAGAGCAUGGAAGCUCUUCUCUCUUCCAACUCGAGCCUGAAAGAGGACCUGGAAAAGGUCACUUCUGAGCACAAAACCCUUUCUAAGGAGUUUGAGGCUUUAAUGGCAGAGAGAGAGAUUUUGAGUGAAGAGAUUCGAGGUCUGAAACAUCAGGUAGAAGACGGCGUACUGAAACAAGCUAGCCUAGAGGACACUGAGAAAUCCGAUGAACAAAAGGAUGUCACGGAAGAGGUCAAACAAGCUAUGGUGGGCAAGUCUCAAGAGCAAGAGUCUCAGAGUGUGCAUGUUCAACUUGACGAUUCAGAGGGUAUUCUGUCAGUGAACAGUGCCGAGCCUGGCAUUAGUGAGACUUUCAGCUCCCACGAUGACAUCAGUAACUACCUCCAGCAACUUGAUCAGCUCAAGGGAAGAAUUGCUGAGUUAGAGGUGGAGAAACGGAGUGAUAGGGAGCUUAGCCAGACACUAGAAAAUGAGAAAAAUGCCCUCCUGAAUCAAAUAUCGGCAAAGGAUGGUGAACUCAAACUACUUGGGGAAGAAGUCACCAAAAUAAACAUGUUAAAUCAGCAAAUCCAAGAAGAACUUUCCAGAGUCACCAAGCUGAAAGAGAUGGCAGAGGAAGAAAAAGAUGACUUAGAAGAGAGGCUCAUGAAUCAGCUGGCAGAACUUAAUGGGAGCAUUGGGAAUUACUAUCAGGAUGUUACGGAUGCCCAAAUAAAAAACGAGCAAUUAGAAUGUGAAAUGCAGAACCUUAAAAAGUGCAUGAGUAAUUUAAAAAAGGAAAAUCAGCAACUGGUCAAGGAAAAAACCAAGGUGGAGUCAGAAAUCCGAAAGGAGUACUUAGAGAAGAUACAAGGGGCCCAGAAAGAACCUGGCAAUAAGAUCCAUGCGAAGGAGCUCCAGGAGCUGUUGAAGGAAAAGCAGCAGGAGGUAAGGCAGCUGCAGAAGGACUGCAUCCGGUACCAGGAGCGAAUCAGUGCUCUAGAGAAGACAGUCAAGGCUCUGGAGUUUGUCCAGACAGAAUCCCAGAAGGAUUUGGACGCGACCAAAGGAAAUCUGGCGCAAGCCGUUGAGCACCACCGAACGGCACAAGCGGAGUUAUCCAGCAUCAAAGUGCUGCUCGAUGACACACAGAGCGAAGCCGCGCGAGUGCUGGCGGACAACCUCAAACUGAAAAAGGAGCUUCAGUCCAACAAAGAAGCCGUGAAAAGCCAGAUGAAACAAAAAGAUGACGAGCUGGCGCGAAGACUGGAGCAGGCCGAGGAAAGACACCUGGAAGAGAAGAAGAGCAUGCAGGAGAAACUGGAUGCUUUGCACGGGGAAAAGGCCCACGUGGAAGAGAUGCUUGUAGAGAUGCAGGCCACGCUGUCCAGGAAAGACCAGGACAUGAAGCAGCUGCAGGAAGGCCUGGACAGCACCGUGGCCCAGCUCGCGGCCUUUACUAAGAGCAUGUCCUCCCUCCAGGAUGACCGCGACAGGGUGAUCGAUGAAGCCAAAAAAUGGGAACGCAAGUUUGGUGAUGCCAUUCUCACCAAGGAAGAAGAGAUCAGACUCAAAGAGGAGAACUGCAUUACUCUAAAGGACCAGCUUCAACAAAUGACCAUCCAUACAGAGGAACUGAAGAUCAAUAUCUCCAGGCUUGAACAUGAUAAAGAAAUGUGGGAGUCCAAGGCCCAGACAGAGCUCCAGGAUCAACAGAAAUUUUGUGAUACCCUGCAGAGGGACAACAAAAACCUUAUGUCCCAAUUAGAAGAGACUCGGCAGCUGUACCACAAUUCUUUGAAUGAAUUAGCUAAGCUGGAGUCAGAACUUAAACAUCUCAACGACAAGUCAACUGACUUAAAUAGCUCUCUAGAAAAAUGUAGAGAACAUAAAGAAAAUUUGGAAGGGAUCAUAAAGCAGCAAGAAGCUGAUAUCCAGAAUUGUAAGUUCAGUUAUGAACAACUCGAGACUGAUCUAAAGGCCUCCAGAGAGCUGACCAGAAGGUUGGAUGAUGAAAUCAAGACCAAGGAGCAGAAGAUUAUAAGCCUGCUUUCCAGCAAGGAUGAGGCGAUCCAAGUCGCUGUUGCUGAACUGCAGCAGCAGCACCAGAAAGAGAUCAAGGAAUUAGAAAACCUCUUGUCCCAGGAGGAAGAGGAGAAUGUUGCCUUAGAAGAAGAAAACAAGAAGGCUAUUGAGAAAACCAAUCAACUUAUGGAAACUCUGGGAAACGUGAAAAAAGAGAACCUUGACCAGAAGGCACACCUCGAUUCUUUUAUUAAAUCUAUGUCCUCUCUUCAGAAUGACCGAGACCGUAUACUAAGUGACUAUCAGCAGCUGGAAGAUCGACAUCUUUCUGUCAUCUUAGAAAAAGACCAACUCAUCCAAGAUGCUGCUGCUGAGAAUAAUAAAUUGAAGGAAGAGAUUCGAGGGUUGAGGAGUCAUCUGGAUGACCUCAAUUCCGAGAAUGCCAAGCUGGAUGCUGAGCUGAUCCAGUAUAGGCAAGACCUGAAUGAAGUGAUAUCCAUAAAGGACUGUCAGCAGAAGCAACUCCUUGAGGCUCAACUCCAGAAAAAUCAGGAGUUGAAAAAUGAAUGUACAAAAUUGGAAGAGAAGCUGAAGGGGUCAGAAGAAGCCAGGCAAAUCCUGCAGAGGUCCUCUGAAGCCCUCCAAGAGGAGAAACGUGCUUUGUCUACAGAGGUUGAAGGCUUGAAGAGACACGUGGCGGCCUUGCAGGAAGAAGGGACCCUCGGUGCCCAGCUGAAAGUGAAAGAGGAGGAGGUUCAGAGGUUAAAUGUGGCGCUCUCCUCCUACCAGAAGAGAACUGCAGACCUGGAGGAGGAGCUCAUUUGUGUCCAGAAGGAAGCGACCCAGAAGGUCAGUGAGAUCGAGGACAAGCUGAAGAAGGAACUGAAGCAUCUCCAUCAUGAUGCAGGGAUCAUGCGAAAUGAAACAGAAACAGCAGAAGAGAGGGUGGCAGAGCUGGCCAGGGACCUGGUCGAGAUGGAGCAGAAGCUACUCACGGUAACCAAAGAGAAUCAAGAUCUCACGGCCCAGAUUCAGUCUUUCAGAGGGUCAAUGAGUUCCUUGCAGGACAGCAGAGAUCAUGCCACCGAGGAGCUUGGUGAUCUGAAAAAGAAGUAUGAUGCCAGUCUGAAGGAGCUGGCCCAGCUAAAAGAGCAAACGGACUUAAGCAGAGAGAGUGACAUUCUUCCCCAGGCUGCCUUGCCCCUAACCACCACGGAGAACAGCCUGCCCCGCCUUGAGAAACUUGACCAGCAGCUCAUAUCCAAAGACCAACAGUUACUUAGUUUAUCUUCCCAACUAGAAGAGUCUCACAACAAGAUGCAGACCUUUUCCAAGGCUAUGACAAGUUUACAGCAUGAGAGAGAUCACCUGUGGAAUGAGCUGGAGAAAUUCCGGAAGUCGGAGGAAGGGAAGCAGAGGGCUGUAGCUCCUUCACCUGCCUCCAGCCCAGCUGAAAUGCAGAGCUUGAAAAAAGCUAUGUCUUCUCUCCAGAAUGACAGAGAUCGAUUACUGCAGGAACUGAAGAAUCUGCAGCAGCAGUACUUGCAGAUGAACGAAGAGGUCGUGGAGUUACGUCCACUGAAGGCUCAGCUUGAGGAGCAUCAAGAGCAGACAAAAUCCCUGCAGACGAUGAACGAGCAGUUCAGGCAAGAAAAGCUCGCCUGGCAGCAUGAGCUGCAUCAGCUCAGAAUGGAGAAGAAUGCCUGGGAACAUCAUGAGAGAAGGAUGAAAGAACACAAUAUUAUGGCCUUCUCAGAUAACAAUCAGCAGAAUCUCCCGAGGCCUUCCUCGCAACCUCAGAUCCUCCCCUCACAGCACCAAAGACAGGCGUCCCCAGAGACGUCAGAUCCCCUCGAUGGGUCACAAAACUUCAUUUAUGAGACUGAACUUCUCAGGACUCAGCUCAAUGACAGCUUAAAGGAAAUUCACCAGAAGGAAAUAAGAAUCGAGCAGCUGAACAGCAAGUUCUCUCAGCUGCUCGAGGAGAAGAAUACCCUCGCCAUCCAGCUCAGUGACACCAGCCAGAGCCUCCGGGAGAACCAGCACCACUACAGUGAACUCUUCAAACACUGUGCUGUCCUGGAGAAGCAGGUGCAGGAGCUGCAGGCGGGGUCACCAACGGUAGAUGUUGCUCCAGGAGCACCGCAAGGAAAGAAUCGAACUUGUAAGAAGAGUAAUCCUGAGGCCACAAGGGAGCCACAGCCAAGUUUUUCCAAGGCCCAGGAGCAGCUGUGCAGCACCAAGCAAGAAGUGAAGGAGUUAAAGAAGCUGCUGGAAGAAGAACGCGACCAAAGACUGGCCGCUGAAAGCGCACUCUCCCUGGCCGAGGAGCAGAUCAGACGGUUGGAGCAGAGUGAAUGGGAAUCGGCCCGGACUCCUAUCAUUGGCGCCUGUGGCUCUCAGGAGACGUCUGUGUUAAUAGAUAUCCCAGACAGCAGCUAUCGAAGGACCCGGAGUGGUGUCGGAUGGAAGCGGGUUCUGCGUUCACUGUGCCAUUCCCGGACCCGAGCGCCGCUGCUUGCAGCCAUCUACUUCCUGAUGGUUCACGUCAUUCUCAUCCUGUGUCUCACAGGUUACCUGUGAACUUGACUUCAGAACGUUUCAUUCCUUCGCAACUAAUCAGAAUUCUUAGUUCCAUUACAACCUUCCCACCCUGAACCCACCCUUACCUCCUUGGAAAGUUCCUGUAACAACAAAGGCGGCUCUGAGAACAAUUUGGAGCUGCAGGCCCGGUGUGUCCUAUUUUCUGGAUGUGCCAACACAGGGGUCCGGAGACCUUGCGGGAGCAUCACCGCUUCUAGCCUCGAGAACUUGAGCUACCACACUGCUGUGCGGGUGUGAGUUAUUCCAUCUUCAACACCAUUGUCACCUGCCUCUGGGAACAGGGCUGAGGCAAUGGAAAGAGAAGGCCAAGCACCCGAAUCCAGACCUGACAGCAGGAUCACGAGUGGCUCCCGCUGUACCUCUCUCUUCUGUCAGCCACCGGUUUUCUCAUUAUGGACAUGAUGUAUUCCCUUCCUGGGCCGAUCAUCUGAAGAAGAAAGACUGAUGGGCUCAUCAGAUCUUUGUUCCAUGGUGAUUAAAUUUUAGUCACAACAUCCUAAGAACUUUCCUGAACUACUGUAAAAUAAUAAAAAUUAUUUUCAGAA